GGCACCCUACUUAAAAAUCGACCUUUGCGCAUCUCUACCGAUAACAUUGCCGGCGAAAAUGGAAGCGGACCAAGCAGCAAGCAAAGAAUCCGAGACAUGCAUCGAUCUCCUGGUGAUCGUGCUGGACACGAAUCCCUCGCAGCACAUAGUGCGCCAGAACCCACAGAACCUUACCCAAAUCCUGGAGGCGGUGAUUGCCUUCGGAAACGCGCAUCUCAUGCAAAAGGCCCAAAACAAACUGGCUGUGUUAUCCUGCUCCCAUCAUGCCACAAAUUUCCUGUAUCCGCUGCCUAGGAGGCAAGUGGAACUGCGUCAAGUGGAUGGACAGUAUGAAGCGUUUAGUUUAGUGGAAAAGACAGUAAAACAGCAGCUCGGCAGCAUUCUUAUGAAUGCUCCACGUCUCAGUGCUCCUUGUGAGAGUCUCCUGGCUGGCAGUAUGUCCAUGGCCCUGUGUUAUAUAUCUAGGCUCCAAAGGAAUGUAGCACCUGGCGUUAAGAUGCAUUCCCGCAUCCUGGUCCUGACCGGCAGCAACGAGUGCGCCUCCCAGUACAUGACUUUCAUGAACGUCUUCUUCACCGCCCAGAAACUAGGCAUUGUGAUCGAUACCUGCGCAUUGGACAAGACACUAAGUUUGCUCCAGCAAGGCUGUGAUAUUACCAACGGUCAGUUCCUGAAGGUCACCCAGUUGGACGGGCUGCUACAAUACCUACUGUGGGUCUUCCUGCCCGCCCCGCAAAUCCGUCACAAGUUGGUCCUGCCACCACCGCCAAAGGUGGACUACCGGGCCUCAUGUUUCUGCCACCGUGAGCUCAUUGAUAUUGGUUAUGUUUGUUCGGUUUGUCUUUCGGUCUUCUGCAAAUAUAGUCCAAUUUGCACCACAUGUCACACAAUUUUCAAGAAUCCAGGACCUCUGCCAAUCAAGGCUAAAAAGAAAAAGAAGACCGAUAAGCAAAUGUAAUUCUGGUAGUUCCAAAUACUGCUCACCGAAAGAAGCAGUACGAUAAAUAUAAGGUAUUUUUUAAUUAAAAGAAGGCAUUACAUUAA